GCCGAGAAGAGCCUGCCCCCAGCUCCCCUGAACGUGAUCCAGCCCUCGGAGGCACCGGUCGAGGAGGAUGACUUCAAACCCCGGCCCAUCAUCCCCAUGCUCUACGUGGUUCCACGGACCAAAAAGGUGGUGUUCGACAAGGAGCGCAUGUCCUGCCAACAGGCCUUUGAGCAGUUUGCUACUCAAAAGAGCCCGAGUUGGCAAGAGCAGACGGUCCCUGUGGAAAUCCCCGUGAAGGAGGAGGAGAAUGCAGAAGCAGAAAAUAGAGAGGUGGCUGCAGAGGUCAGUGGUUUGCCUACUGCUUCUGCUUUUUCCAAAAUGAAGAUGGAGAUAAAAAAGAGUCGUCGGCACCCGCUGGGCAAACCACCAACCCGCUCGCCGUUGUCGGUGGUUAAGCAGGAGACCUCGAGUGACGAGGAAACAUUUCCAUUUUCUGGAGAGGAAGAUAUGAGUGACCCAGAAGCUUUGAAAUCCUUGCUUUCCCUCCAGUGGAAGAAUAAAGUACAUAAUUUCCCAGCGGAAAGAAAAUUCAACGCAGCUGCUGCCCUGAGUGAGCCCUACUGUGCUGUCUGUACCCUCUUCUACCCGUACAACCAGUCCUUACAGAUGGAUAAAGAAGCUGUCCCCGUGUCCGUAGGGGAGCCCACCCCUUUCGUCCACCUUUCUAAGUGCGGACAAAAGACCAAGCCUCUGAUCCCGGAGAUGUGCUUUACCUCAAGUGGCGAAAACACAGAGCCCCUUCCCUCAAACUCCUACAUCGGAGAGGACGGAACCAGUCCCUUGAUAUCCUGUGCCAAAUGCUGCCUGCAGGUUCAUGCUAGCUGUUACGGAAUUCGUCCAGACUUGGUGAAUGAGAGCUGGUCUUGCUCACGGUGCUCAGCCAACGCGUGGGCAGCGGAAUGUUGUCUCUGUAAUCUCAGGGGAGGAGCUCUUCAGAUGACCACUGAUGGGCGGUGGAUCCACAUAAUCUGUGCCAUCGCUGUCCCCGAGGCUCGUUUUCUCAAUGUAAUAGAGCGUCAUCCUGUGGAUAUCAGUGCUAUUCCAGAGCAGAGAUGGCAACUGAAAUGCGUCUACUGUCGGAAGCGGAUGAAGAAGGUGUCGGGCGCCUGCAUCCAAUGCUCCUACGAGCACUGCUCCACCUCCUUCCACGUGACGUGCGCGCACGCCGCCGGCGUCCCCAUGGAGCCCGACGACUGGCCCUACGUUGUGUCCAUCACCUGCUUCAAACACAAGGCAGCUAACCAGAAUAUUCAGUUUCGAAGGGAGGUGAUGCUUGGACAGACUGUGAUCACAAAGAACCGGAACGGACUCUACUACAGAUGUAAAGUGAUUGGCAUGACGACACAGACUUUCUAUGAAGUGAACUUUGAUGAUGGUUCAUACAGUGACAACGUUUACCCAGAAAGCAUUAUUAGCCGAGACUGCAUCAAGCUGGGACCCCCUCCAGAGGGUGAGGUGGUUCAGCUGCAGUGGACAGAUGGAAUCGUCUAUAAGGCCAAGUUUAUUGCAGCCCAGAUCAGUCAGAUUUACCAGGUCGAGUUUGAAGAUGGUUCUCAACUCAUGGUGAAGCGUGGGGAUAUUUAUACCUUGGAGGAAGAGCUUCCCAAGAGAGUGAAGUCUCGCCUGUCCCUCAGCACUGGGGCCCCUCAGGAAGAUGUAUUUUCGGGAGACGAAGUGAGACCAGCCAAACGUCCCCGGCUGGGGAACACAAGAAAUCCCGAAGAAUACGGACAGAACCCAGAUUACUUGGCCUUUAUGGAGAGCCUGCUGCAGACGCAGUACCAGCCUGGAACUCAGAGCAACAUGUUUUAACCCGUAUUAAUUAAAAAUAUGAAAUAACCCUUUUCAAGCCUGCUCAGACCUAACCUGGAAACUGUGGAAUAGAAGACCAGCCUUGUGCAAUAGCCUGCUGUGAAUUUCUUUCAUCUACUCUUGGUUUGGACUGCAAGAACACCCUGCCUGGCUGCACGCUACCUCUACUUUGCCAGGCGUUGCUGACCAACGGAGUAGGGAGCUUGAAAAACCUUCAGACAGCAUUUCACACGGAGACUUUGGAAGAGUUUAUACU